GGAGUGCCGAGAAAAUGACUUUACGCGAGAGAGAGUUGUUUGAGAAGGAUCCGUCUUCUCCGCCUCUCCUGUGACGCCCAUUCUGUAGGCACGCCUCAGUCUCUGGGAUCGCACCAACUCAAAGCAAGUAAGGGAAGCGGCGACACCUAUUAGUAGGUGUGGAUUGUCAAUCAAACCGACCCGCCCCAACGCUUCUCAGACGGGAAGCACACUGACCAGAACUUCUCCAGCAGCUGUGGAGUGGGACCUCUGUGGCAUCACGCAGUAUCACCGAGCAACAAAACGUCCAAAAUGUAAGGAAAAAAGCAGUCAUACACCACUUUCUGAAAGUAGGUGUGUGUAAAACGAUGCGUAAAGUUGCUGACACGCAGCACUGACGCGCAAUAAUCUGUGCGUAAAAGUGACUCGAAGAGGACAGAACUAAAACUUCUGCGGUGGAUGAGUUUUCUCGGAUGCGAUGGAUGCGUCAGAAAGUCUCCGGGACGUCAUGACAAGCUGACACUGUGAGGAAAAAUCAUUUCGAGCUCUUAGAGUUUAUGUCUGCUUUCCAAAGUUUCGGGACAGCGCUGGAACGGAGCGCGCGGCGGAGCAGCAGAUGCUGAACAGUAACUAAGCCUCACGACUGGACAGCUAAUGAACUGAAUUCGUCUGGACUGCAGACUUUAUGUAAGAAGUAGGACAAGCAUAACGCCGCCCAGCUAGUUCUUUCUGUAAUGCGCAGAGACUCGUCGCGUCUUGCUGUUAUGAGAGACAUCUGCUCUGAACGUUCAGUUCUACAGAAAGUUGUAGCUAGCUGAUGCCACUGCUCCAGCAGGAGUUAGUGGAAAGUUUUGUCGUUUACAUCCUUUUGUCUACCUCUUCUCAACAUGGACGAGGGUGUUGAGUGUGCUGCGGCUGACAGCUGCUCGGACGGGGAAAGCAUCAAUCUCAGCGUCCUCAACUGGGAACAAGUGCAGCGGCUGGACACCAUCCUCACCGGCUCCAUCCCCAUCCACGGCCGAUGGAGCUUCCCCACUCUGGAGGUGAAGCCACGGGAUAUUGUCAAGGUGGUCCGGAGCCGCAUGGAGGAAAAGCGGAUACAUGUCCGGGAGGUGCGGCUGAACGGCUCCGCGGCCAGCUACGUCCUGCACGAGGACAGCGGCCUGGGAUGGAAAGAUCUGGACUUAAUAUUCUGCGCCGAGCUGAAAGGAGAGAUGGAGUUCCAGAUAGUAAAAGAUAUAGUUCUGGACUCUCUUCUGGACUUCUUGCCCGAGGGAGUGAACAAAGAAAAGAUCACACCAGUGACUUUAAAGGAGGCCUAUGUACAAAAGAUGGUGAAAGUUUGCAAUGACUCAGACCGCUGGAGUCUCAUCUCCCUCUCCAAUAACCGUGGCAAGAACGUGGAGCUCAAGUUUGUGGACUCUCUCCGACGGCAGUUUGAGUUCAGCGUGGACUCCUUCCAGAUCCGCCUGGACUCACUUCUCCUCUUCUACGAGUGUUCAGAGCACCCCAUGGCCGCCACUUUCCACCCCACAAUUCUUGGGGAGAGUGUUUAUGGCGACUUCCCCACCGCGCUCGAUCAUCUGCGUAGGCGCCUCAUCUGCACUAGGAGCCCCGAGGAGAUUCGUGGUGGGGGUUUACUGAAAUACUGCCACUUGUUGGUACGAGGUUUCCGUGCCGCUUCUGACAGCGAAAUGAAACUGCUACAGCGCUACAUGUGCUCACGCUUUUUCAUAGACUUUCCAGAUGUGAGCGAGCAGAGGAGGAAGCUAGAAUCAUAUCUGCAGAACCAUUUUGUAGACCUAGAGGACAGAAAGUAUGACUAUCUGACCACGCUGUAUGACGUGGUGCAGGAGAGCACGGUGUGCCUGAUGGGCCACGAGAGGCGUCAGGUGCUCAGCCUCAUCUCGUCGCUGGCACUGCGGGUGCUAGCCGAGCAGAACGCCAUCCCCAACGCUGCCAACGUCACAUGUUUCUACCAGCCGGCUCCUUAUGUCUCAGAUGGCAACUUCAGCAAUUAUUAUGUAGCUCAGGUUCAGCCUGUCUACCCCUGUCCUCCUUCGCCUCCUCAACAUUACAUUCCUCCUCCGCAACAUCCUAUGUACGCCACCUGGUUGCCCUGUAACUAAAUUUAUGUAUAUGCAAGAACUUAGGCGUAACUGGCAGAACUCAGACCUCCUUGAACGGGAUGAAUAAUGAUGUUUUUUAUCUCUUCCUUGAGAUUGGAGAUUGAGGGAAAUGAGAAAAGGAAAAGCGGGAGACAAACUCAAACAAAGAGUGCAGAUAAAAAGAAGAGAAUAGCAGAAAGAUGAGGAACCUGCAUGAAGACAGUGGGCCACAGAAAGGUUCCCCUGGGACUGGGUGCCACAGCAGGAGGAGCUGAGCACAUAGCGAGAGAUGGCGGUGAGAGAGGCUGACCCCUCAGUUUUAGGGUUCUCUCAUCAGCUAAGAUUUAGUAGAACAAACCACAGCUUGUGCCCACCAGCCUAUGAUAGUUCUUGUCUGUUGUUAAUUAUGGCUCACAGGAACUCACAUUUCAAACAAUGAACAUGUAUAAUAUUCAUACUAAAAACCAAAACAGCCACAAAGAGUAACAGAGGACACAAAUGACUUGCUGAAGAUACUGAUUCAUGGUCAAACAAUUGCAACCUUCUGACCUUCUCUACUGUGUUUUUUGUAUAAGGGACUCCUUUUCACAGACAAUGCAAAAUGAGGAACUGGAUGCUUGUUUACAAAUCCAAAGAACUAUUUUGAUACUCAACUUUAUCUUAGUUCUGAGAAAAAAAGAAAGAAUAAAACAAUGCAUGCUUUAUUUCUGUACAGGAAUAAUUUUAAGUGCCUAGAUGAAGCCUAAAGGGAAGAGAUGUUUUUGUGACUCUGUAUCGUAGAGAACUGUCGAGUUGUCUAAUGGACAUUUUCAAGGUGAUAAUGAAUGUACUGUGGAACAGAGUUUACCUGCAGUAUGCUGAAUAAGGUCUCUCACAUUUAGGGAGGUUUUGAACCCAGUGAAUUUUUUUGUUUUUUUUAAACAAUGUUUAGGUAAUGUCUUAUCUGCGGUCCUGCUUGACGAGCUCACAUCCUGAUUACUAAAGGGGAAGUAACAACAUAAUCUCAUCAUCUACACAGACGGGGGAGGGGGACGUCAGAUCAAAAAUGCUUGUAAGAGUUGAAUAUAUGGUCAUUUUGAGAGCAAUGUACACAGAAAGAAAGAAAUUUGGCAGCAAAAGAGCAAAUGAGAGAAAAAACUGCUGUUAUCUGCUGUUUCCUUGGAGUGCAAAAUAAAUUACCAGUGCACAGCUUGAUAACCAAGAAGCAGUUUAAUCACAGAAGACAGAUAAUAUAAUACUGUGGGGGUUGAAUUGGAACAAAAAUAAAUUUGAACAAGUAAACAUUUUGGCCAUUGUGCAUUUAAAAAUACAGUUUCUUCACCUGUGGUCCCAUAUCAAAAUGCAUUUAAAUUACAAGCUGUUACAUCCAUUGCAGCUGCUCAACCCUCCUUAAAGGUACCCUGUGGAGUUUUCUUGCAAACAAACAAAAGCCAUGUUUACAUUUAGCUUAAACAUUGUCCGUGUCCUUGAGGGUCUAACAAAAAUUCUAAGUGUGCUUUCUUCCUCAUAAAACAUUAGCAAAGCUGAGUUUUUAAAAUAUUUCAAACCAUGCUUUGUUUACAUUUGUGUUUGCUAGCUUGCAGGCUUCUUUGUUUUGCCUUUUAAGGCACUUUAUGUGUCUUUCCCUUUACUUUGGUAUACAUUUACCACCAGCAACUGACAGUAAGCUGAGUGAUAUGUAAUUGAUGGCAGAAUAUAAAUCAUCCUGCCCGCAUGGUUAUGCCCACUUGUAUAAAAACAUCACUCUAUUAGUGGUCUUAUCUCUACGGGUCACCUUUAAAUUUCAGAUACUUAAUAAACAGAAAGCAAAGCAGAUAUGCAAUGUGUUUGAAAUGCAUUUUGUAACAGGGACAGCCUGUUGUCUUAAAAUUAACUCUUGAAAGUUUUGAUCCACUUACAUACAAAUAAUUCAAUUUCGUAACAUGGUCAUUUUUUACCUAAUUUUACAGUGUAAAACCAGUUUGUUAUGCUGUAUGUUCUGUAAAAAUAUGUUAACUUUCCAUGUGUAAGACAUUGAUCCGACAAGCUGUUUGUUUGUCAGACGGCUGGAGGAUGGAUGGCAGCAGUAGCAGCUGAGCAACUUUUAAAGUGAGGAGUAAAGGCAAACCACUGGCAGAGUCCCAACAGAGAAUAUGUUUAAAAAUGGGCUGCAUGAAGUUUGAGGAUCCUCAAAGAUGAUUUAUGCUCAAUGAAUAUUGGCCAGGGUAUGUUUUAUCUUCUCUUUAAUAGAAUGGAAAUGGAAUGGAAAGAGUUAAAAGUGUGAAGCAUUUGGAAAUUGGAGCUGCUGAUGGCUGUCAAUUUUUUUUUCUUAGCAUGAAAAAGCACCAAACAAUGACAAAAUGAUGUUAAAAACAGACAAAGACAACUGGGUUAAGUUUGUUGAUAAUCAUGAAAAUAAUGGUGUACAUUUUCAGCUUUACAAGUGCAAGAGACUCAGCAUAUUCUCUCAAACAUGUCAGAUCUCCUAUUUUUCUAUCGAUCUAUAUUUUUGUACAGUUUGUGGUUGAUAUAGCAGGCAGAUUCAAAGCUGCGUCAUUGAGUCUAUUUUGUGGUGUGUGCAAAUUUGUGUUUUAUUGUGGCUGAUGAAGAGCAGUGCAGGUGGACACAGUGACUAUGCUGAGGUGCAGAUUUAAGUUGUGUUCAUUGUCCUCUGAGCUGAGUUGGGUUUCUGUUGCUCCAAAGAGAUUGUUUCACUGUUCUACAUGUGUUUUUAAACUGCCAUCUUGUUUGGACAUAAAAAAUGAUGAUCUGAUAAUUGUGUUCAAAUUGACCAACUUGAGAAUUUAAAACAAAAAUCAAAUAAAAAGCAAAGAAAAGAUGAAAA